AUGGUACGUGAUACAAUGGAAUCCAAAGGAGAUUUUAUUAUUCGAGCGAUUAAUGCAUUUCCAGUGAACCCAAAGAUUGAACAGAAGAAAAAACUUGCACGACGUCGUUCAAUCAUUCGAGAAUUUAGCCUGAACACAUCGAUGCAUGGCGUUCCAGGUAUUGCUCGAAGUGAAAGUGUACAAAAUCGAAUUUUUUGGACGGUUGCAUUUCUAAUAUUCGCUGGUAUUAUGUUCUUCUUCGUUAUUCAAGCAAUCCUUGCAUAUUUUCAGUAUCCAACACAAACAUCCGUGAGUAUUAUCAGUGAUCGGCAACAAUAUUUUCCCGCUUUAACUUUUUGCAACGCCGGUGCUCUUAGAUACGAUACGUUUCAAAAACUACUUUUGAAUUAUACCGAAAGUAUGAACUUAACAUCUGCAGCUAGUACGAGCGCUUUCUCUUCGGUUCAAGCUAAUAUCAUCAAAGUUUAUUUACCGAUUCUUAUCAACCAAGGUGUAUCCUUAGAUCCAUAUAUGUUUUCGUUGGAUGCACUUAUGAUGGACUGUCAAUUCGGUCAAGUUCAAUGUUCAGCUGAAGAUUUUAUAUCGUUUUAUUCAUCAGCUUACGGACGAUGUUAUACAUUCAAUGCCAAAACUAAAAACAACACUUUGUAUUAUAAUUACAUGAGUAGCGAUGUAACUACACUAACAUUGCGUCUCUAUUUAUACGAUCAUCUAUAUGUAUCAUACUUAAUAGAAGGCGUUGGUAUGACGGCAAUGGUGCAUGACAAUAAACAAUUACCACUUAUCGAACGAGCCGGAAUGACUUUAGCUCCUGGUUUUAAACAUCAGAUGACAUUCACAAAGAAAACGGUAUAUUCUUUACCAUCACCUUACUCGUCGUGUACCAAUGAAAUACCUCUGGCGAUGAAAAUCAUGUUCGAUCAAUACGAAGGAGCCGAUUAUCGUUAUUCCGAAGAUAUUUGUUAUAUCCUGUGUGCACAAGCGUAUAUUUACGAGCAAUGUGGAUGUGUCUUUCCUGGCCAGUGGAAUGCUCGAUCUAUAGUUUUACCAGGCUCGAAUCAAAUCAUUGUGGCACCUUUGUGUAAUUCGACCGAUUAUUGCUUUGCAAUAGCAAUGAAUAAUUUUGAUGCAACACCAUCUAUUCAGGAAAAGUAUUGUUCUGGUUGUUCACAACAAUGUUCAAUCACAAAUUUUAUUGUGAAAUCAUCCAUAAUGACGACACCACCGGAAUGGAUUAUAGGCGAUAUUAAAGCAUUUGUCGAGAACUCAUCGCUUCCUUUAGCCAGUGAUUGGUCGACUAAUUGGCGAGAACAUAUUCACGCAAGUUAUGUUUCGUUAGCGGUAUCAGGUGAAUCGACUCUCGUCGAGAACUAUACAGAAGUAGCCACACUUGGAUUUGUCGACGUCAUUUCAAAUGUCGGAGGACAGACGGGUUUGUGGAUUGGAAUUAGUUUUCUAUCGUUAGUGGAAGUUCUAGAAAUGUUAUAUCGACUCGUGCGGUAUCACGUUUAUCUUGUUCGGAGAGGUCUAAAGACAAAUCAGCCGAACACUCCAAAACCUGACUAUGACAUAGAAUCAGUUCAAGUGAAGAGUUAG